AUGACUUCAGCCAUUGAGACUAUUAAGCCGGAAAAAACAUUAUUUCAUUGCAUUCAUGAACCAAAAAGUUACUGGUAUCAGCUCAUAAAGCCUAAAAUAACCAUUACAAAAACACGAAAAGUUACAGAGAUUUUCGGCAACCCUAUAAAAGUACUUCAGCACAAAGCAGAUAUUAUUCGACUUGAGGUGAUGCGAGAUUAUGGGGGCAUUUAUUUAGAUCUUGAUGUGAUAGUUUUUAAGCCAUUUGAUGAUCUUCUUUAUAAUGACUUUACUAUGGGGAUCCAAAAGGAUGUCGGUCUUUGUAAUGCAGUAAUUAUCAGCAGGCCAUUUGCUCCUUUUAUAACCAGAUGGAUACAACAGUAUAAAAACUUUAAUGACAGUGACUGGGAUUAUCAUUCAGUUAAGUUGCCUUGGAUUAUGGCUAAAGAAUAUCCAGAUGAUAUCAAUAUUUUGGACGAGAAAGCAUUUUUUUGGCCGACUUGGUCUGUAGAGGAUCUGGAAAUGAUGUAUAAAUCAAAUGAUUAUAAUUUCACCAAUCACCAGUACACAUAUCAUAUGUGGGCAUCAGCGUGGGGUGGUAAAUAUAAUUUAUUCCCAACAUCGAUUAAAAAUGUGGAAACGAGUUUUAAUAGAGCGGUUCGAAAGUUUUUAAAAUAUUUACCUGACAACUUUAAUGAAACGGACUUUAACGAAUGA